AUGAAAUUUCUAAAAAAAAAAACAAAAAUAUAGACUAUAGAUAGAGACAUAUAGCAUUUAGAUAAUCUAAGAAUUAUCCAAUAAGAACACAUAAUAAGGCGAUAACGUUUAGAAGAUCAAAUAGCAGAAGAAAACCGUCGAAUAAGUUACUAACAAAUAACUGGCCGAAUAAACAGUUAACAAUAUACAAGAAAUCAAUAAUUUAUUUCUCUAUCUUCUUUAUAUUCAGAAUCAGAAGAAGAAAAUGAAAAUGAAAUUGAAGAAGAAUAAAAAACUGAAAAUAAUAUAUAAAAUUACGAAAAUAAUAAUUUUAAUUUACUAUACGAAAACAACCGAAAUUCAGCAUUUGAUAGAUUACGAGGAUUCGUAGAAUUAUUAAAUUAAUAAUUAAAUAAUAUAUAUAAUACUCAAGGAUCUUCUGAAAAUAUAGAAAUAUUAGCUAAUAUGGUAAAUGUAAUGUAAAGAUUAAUUGGAAAUAAGAAAGUUUUGGAAGAACACCUUAAUGCCUUUCCGGUUAUUUAGAUUUAAAAUAUUAUAUAAGUUUAGGAAAAUUGCUCUAUUUGUCUAGAAGAUUGGAAAACGGGAGAUCAUGCGAAGAUUUUAGGCUGUAUGCAUAAAUUUCAUUCGGAUUGUAUUGAUUCUUGGCUUAAAUAAAAGUUUGUAUGUCCAAAUUGUAAGUUGGAUUAAUUUUAGUUUUUUUAAAAUUGA